AUGGCUUCUCAGCCCGACUCCAUUAUAGCGGCAAGCUCCAUAUACGAGGUUCAAUACCCUCGCUUUGAGUCAUCUGGAUUCUCAGCCCGAAUCCAUUAUAGCAGCACGAUUAGCAUGCAAGGUCAUCCCGAUAGCGGAACUGCUACCUAUGACCCCACAACAUCUUUGUUUCUUGGCUCUCGGAAAUGGUCUUGUUGUGCAACCUUACCUGUAGCCUCGUCGCAUAUCCCACAACACCUCUGUUUCCUGGCUCUCAGAAACGGUCUUGCUAUGAAACCCCAACCUAUAGCCUCACCGCCUGUCCCCCAACAAUUCUAUUGUCUGGCUAUCGGCAAUAGUCUCGUCGCACGAUCCCUGCUACCACCUAUGACACGGUCAACAACCUUAUGGCUUAUCAGCCCAGCUCCACAUAACAUUAUUAGCAACCUCGAUCUGCAUGGUCGCAACAACAACUAUGUUGCAUCAUAUCGACCAAAUCGCACUCCUAACAAGGAAAGACGUAGCAAAGAACUUCGAACUACUUCGGGCUUAAAAACCUCUUCCCGUCCUCUUCCCCACACAGCAGUGGGCUUACCUCUUCUAACUACUUCUAACCUCAUUAAAAAAUCACUCCUAUACCCUAAAAAAAAAAAAACGGCCGCAUCUUUUUUUUUCCAGUCCUCGGCUUCUUCUCGUUCUUCUUCCCGUUCUUCUUGUCGGCUUCUUCUUCGUCCGACUCCAGCCUCCCGCCACCGUCGAGUCCGCUGCCAGCCGUCGCCAUCGCCGGACUCCAGCCAUCGCCAUCGCCGUCGCCGGAAUCCAGCCUCCCGCCACCGCCCGGCUUCUUCUUCUUCACAGGGACAUCCGAAAGCUGCUUCUUUGAAAACCGUCCCAUUAUUGUUUCCAGAGCUUUGUGCAGAACUCUUUGAUGGAAGCAGUGCAUCUGGUAAUCUCAGCUAUGCCACAUCCCAAACACCAUCGGGAUCAUCUUCUUUCCAUGGCGCACCAUUACAGCUUUUGGACGCGCCUUCCAUUAACAUAGAUGAAGAUGAUUUUUUUUCCAAUCAUACAAGUGAACAUUUUACUCAGACUCCACCUUCUGCUGAUUCACCUUAUGUUGCUUCACCUUCUGGUAACCCCAACAAAAGGGCUAAACCUUCAACUCCUAGACCUCGAGCUCCCAGUGCCUCACCUGAUCCACCUUCUUGUGCCUCGCCUAAAGCUUCUAUUACUGCUGAUGAUUUAGCACUGGAGAUGCAAAAAGCUCUACGCCAUUUGACUCAAGGGCCAACAAUUCCCCAGUGUUUAGAGAAGCUUGAGUUGCUCGAGUUAGACCCAAUAGACCCUAUACGAUUUGCUGCGUAUCACAUUUUUGGAGGGACCAUGAAUAUUAGAGAGAUGUGGGUAAAUUUGCCUAAUGAUCCACAAAUAUUAAGAGGAUGGAUCGAGAUGACAGCUACAAGUUUAGGAGUUUUAAAGGAUGGAAAGAUUGUUCGUUAA